GGCUGGGGUCAUCGGACAUAUAUAAGGUCAGAUCAACCCAUCCUCACUUGUCCUGCACGACACGCAUCAAAGGUAAAGCAAAUUCUCUUCGUUCCCUCAGGAAGAAGUUUCUUUUCCUUUUCUGUUCAUUUCAUUUUUAAUAAUAUAUUUUUUUUGUCCUGAAAAAAAUAUACCCUAAUUGUUAUAUCCGGAUUAGUGAUCUGCUAUAGACUCAUUAAUCAUUUCAUACAUCUACUAGUACUUAAAUCUUUUUUCACAUAAAAACAUUCAGUAUGGUUCAAUCUGCUGUCUUGGGUUUCCCCCGUAUCGGUAAGAACCGUGAAUUAAAAAAGGCUACUGAAGCCUACUGGAGUGGUAAGAUCUCUGCCGAGGAGUUGCAAACUUCCGCUAAGAACUUGCGUUUGGAUCAUUGGAAGCUUCAAAAGGAUCAAGGUGUUGACAUUGUUCCUUCUAAUGACUUCUCUUUCUACGAUCAAAUUAUGGACCAUUCCUUCACUUUCAACGCUAUCCCUGAGCGUUACCUUAAGUAUGAUUUAAGUCCAUUGGAUACCUAUUUCGCCAUGGGUCGUGGUAUGCAACGCCCCGCCAUUGAUGGCAAGCCUGCUGUCGAUGUUCCCUCUCAGGAAAUGGUCAAGUGGUUCGAUUCAAACUACCACUUUUUGAGACCCGAAGUUUCUGACAAGACCGAGUUCAAGUUGAACUCUACUAAGGCUGUCGAUGAGUUCCUUGAGGCUAAGCAAGCUAACAUUCAAACCCGUCCUGUUUUGGUCGGUCCAGUCACUUUCUUGUACCUUGCUAAGGCUACCAAGGAAUCCUCUGUCAAGCCCAUUGAGCUUUUGCCCAAACUUACUGCUGUCUACGUUGAGCUCUUGAAGAAGCUUGUUGAAGCUGGUGCUGAAUCCGUUCAAAUUGACGAGCCCAUCCUUGCUCUCGAUUUGUCUAAGGAGGUUCUUGACAGCUACAAGUCAACCUACGAGACUCUUGCUCAAGGUGGUGCUAAGCUCAUUUUGACUACCUACUUUGGUCCCUUGAAGGAUAACAUCGAAGUCUUGAAGGGUCUUCCUGUUGCCGGUAUUCACGUCGAUGUUUGCCGUGCUCCUGAAAACUUGGAUGCUGCUCUUUCCAUUCUCGAUGACAAGCAAAUCCUUUCUGUUGGUAUUGUUUCUGGUCGUAACAUUUGGAAAACUGAUUUCCAAAAGGCUGUUGCCGUUAUCGAAAAGGCCAUUGCCGCCAUUGGCAGUGAACGUGUUAUCGUCGCUUCUUCUUCUAGCAUUCUCCACAUCCCUCACUCUCUCACUGGAGAAGACCAAUUGAAGCCUGAAAUCAAGCGCUGGUUCGCUUUUGCCGUCGAGAAGUGUGCUGAAUUAGCCAUCUUGACCAAGGCUGUUAAUGAGGGUCCCGCUUCCGUUCGUGAAGAACUUGAAGCUAAUGCUGCCGAUGCUAAGGCUCGUGCCGAAUCUCCCAUCACUAACGUUAAGGCUGUUCGUGACCGUCAAGCUGCUGUUACUCCCGAAAUGCACACCCGUGCUACUCCCUUCGAAAAGCGUUACGCUCUUCAACAAGAAUCUCUCAAGCUCCCUCAAUUCCCCACAACCACUAUUGGUUCUUUCCCUCAAACUAAGGAGAUUCGUGUUACCAGAAACAAGUAUGUUAAGGGCUCGAUUUCUGCUGAAGAAUAUGAUGCUUUCAUCCGCAAGGAGAUUACCGACGUUGUCAAGUUCCAAGAGAACAUUGGUCUUGAUGUCUUGGUCCAUGGUGAACCCGAACGUAACGAUAUGGUUCAAUACUUUGGUGAAAAGAUGGAAGGCUUCGUUUUCACUGUUAACGGAUGGGUCCAAUCUUACGGAUCUCGCUGUGUCCGUCCUCCUAUCAUCGUUGGUGACGUUUCCCGUCCUGGCCCCAUGACUGUCAAGGAGUCUGCUUUUGCUCAAUCCAUCACUUCCAAGCCUAUGAAGGGUAUGCUUACCGCCCCCAUCACCAUUUUGAGAUGGUCCUUCCCUCGUGACGAUGUGGAAGAAUCUGUUCAAGCUCAACAAAUUGCUCUCGGUUUGAGAGACGAAGUUUUGGACCUCGAAAAGGCUGGCGUUCGUGUCAUUCAAUGUGAUGAACCCGCUUUGCGUGAGGGUCUUCCCCUUCGUCGUGCUGACUGGUCUCAGUAUGUCGAUUACGCUGUCAAGGCUUUCCGUUUGGCUACUGGUGGUGUUAAGGAUGACACUCAAAUUCACUCUCAUUUCUGUUAUUCUGACUUUAAUGAUAUCUUUGAUGCUAUUCAAGGAUUGGAUGCUGAUGUUGUUUCCAUCGAGAAUUCCAAGUCUGAUAUGAAAUUGAUGUCUGUUCUUAGCAACUACAAGUCUUGUAUUGGACCUGGUCUUUUCGACAUUCACUCUCCUCGUGUUCCUCCUGUUGAGGAAUUCAAGGAGCGUAUUGAUGCUCUUGUUAAGUCUGUUCCUAAAGACCGUCUUUGGAUUAACCCUGACUGUGGUUUGAAGACUCGAGGCUGGCCCGAGACCACCGCUGACUUGGAGAACAUGAUUGUCGCUACCCGUAUGGCUCGUAACGAGAAUGCUUAAGGGUUAGCCUAACGGUGUUGAUAUCCAAGUAGGCAUGAUCAUGUAUACUUAAUAAGGAAAGAAAAAAGAAAAUAAAAGGUUGGUUGUUAACCUUCAACAUGGUUAACCGGUAAUGAAACGAUUUAUGCUUAUGGUAAUGUUUCUAAAACCGCAUAGCUGUUUUCUCAUCAACUGAGGGUAACAAGUUGAUAAAUUUUUGCUAUGCGUUGGCAUCUUUUGUCUAAUUCUUUUUAAUAAUAGAUUAAGAAAUUGCAUUAUUCCUUCUAAGGUUACUUAUUGAGAGUCAAGGUAAUGGAGUAGAGUAAAUAAGUAGGCGAAUUGUGUAGGUCAG